AUGACUCAGCUCACCAAGCUUCUCAUUAUUAUGGCAGCCGCCAGCGCAACCUUCAGCGCCCCAACCAUGAAACCUCGUCAGCUCGCGGGCGAAGGCAGCUUCUUCGACUCGGUCUUCACCGGCACCGAUAACGGUGUCGGCUAUGGUGUUGAAAACGCAGAAGACAACGCUGCCACUCUCAUCGGGGGCAAAACUACCACUGCAGGUGGAGGCAGCACCAGCAACCCACCUCCACCACCACCAAAAGUCAAGAGACAGGCUGAUAAGAUUGCGAAUGGCGCUUCUACUGAUCUGCACGCCGUUGGACAAGACAAGGCUGCGGACCUUGUUCAGACUGAUGGAGAUGAUAUUGAUGGGCAGCUGACCCAGGAUGCGGGUACUCUUGGAGCUCAGGUUGGAGGAGAUGAGGAGGAUGUUCUUGAGCGCACGGGCGAUAUGGUUCCCAGUAAGAUGCCCACUCGCCGUGCUCGGGUCAUUUAUUAUUAA